CCGCCCGCCUGCCUCCCUUCUGCCUCCCUCCUCUCGCCGCCUGCCUGCAGCCCGGGCUCUGCCGAGUCAAAGCGCGGAUCAGGUUCCCUGCCUCCAGUAUAAAAAUCUCGACGAGAAAUCUCCGGCGGGAGAGAGAGACGGGGCGCGGGAGGAGCGGGGCGUAAGGAGGCGGCCGGCGAGCCCGUCCGUGGGGAAGCGAAGGGACGCGCUGCAGCGGCGGCGGCAGCAGUAGCAGCAUCCGCUGCUCACCGGGGACACCCGCGGCUCGCCCCUCUCAGCUGCGGGAGAAAAGCCUUUCGCCGCCCGAAUUGCCCUGUUUGGACCUCCAGGAUAAAAAUGGGUCUGGUUCUCCCUCAGUUAGCUGCCAAAAUCUCCAGCUGUCUCCCUGAGAAUUUACAUGCACAGUAAAUACAGAGAUCUCUGGCGAAUGCAAAAUGAAGAAUAUUGGAACAGUGUGAGAUCCAUGUUUGCCUGCCCACAUUUCAAGAAGAGUUUCAGUUUUGCAUUGCAAAUUUUGCUUUACUGUUACUCAAUUAAUUUUCAGUUCUCUCAUUAUUGAAUGCAACUACAACAACAGCAACGUCGAAUGUUCACAGCUGCCCUCCUGGCACUUGUUUUCAUUCUGGCAGCUGUGAGUACUACUGAGGCUGGCAAAAAAGAGAAACCAGAGAAAAAGGCGAAGAAGUCUGACUGUGGGGAAUGGCAGUGGAGCGUCUGUGUGCCCACCAGUGGUGACUGUGGCCUGGGGACGCGUGAGGGCACUCGCACUGGAGCUGAAUGCAAACAAACCACCAAGACUCAGAAGUGUAAGAUUCCCUGCAACUGGAAGAAGCAAUUUGGAGCAGAGUGCAAAUACCAGUUCCAGGCCUGGGGAGAAUGUGACUUGAAUACUGCCUUGAAGACUCGAACUGGGAACCUAAAGAGAGCCCUUCAUAAUGCUGACUGCCAGAAGACUGUCACAAUCUCAAAGCCCUGUGGGAAGCUUACCAAACCCAAACCUCAAGAAUCCAAGAAGAAGAAAAAGGAAGGCAAGAAACAAGAGAAAAUGCUGGAUUAAUGGAGCCAACUUGGGCAAUGUGAGAAAUGGACAACGGCAAACACGAUCAGUUAACAGUUUCAUUUAUACCUAGGCAUUUUAUCCUAAAAUUAUUUAUAGCUUAAUGGUACCAUAGCAGGAAACAAGGAAACACAGAAAAAAAAAACACAUUUUUUUUAUUACUUUAGUAUUUUUAAUGUAUAACCCUAACAACCAUUUUUAGAGGCCUAUAAUAAAGGACUCCAAACUCAUUUAGAAAAUUAUGCCUAUUGUAUAUUGAACAAUGUAGAGGGUUUUUUAAUUUUAAUUUUUAUUUCUAAAGUCUUGCCAUAGGUCUCAAUCUGGUAAUUACUCCAUGCAAGCAGAACCCAAGCCUGCUUGGAGAUUCGCUGAAGCCAGUGGUGUCCUGUGUGAACACAGGAGUCUAGCUGGGUGCAAUUAUAUAUAAGAUUGGGACCUUACAUAUGAAAAAACACAGACUUGAUUCUUAAGUUCUUAUACAUCUGGACAACAGAAGUUUUUGUUUUAGGAAAGAAUGGGAGCAUUUUGGGGGGUAUUGACUGACAUAGAAUUUUUUAGAUGUUGUGGUGAAUGUUCAUUCCAAAAUGCCACCAUCUCUGGGUAUAAAACAGUAGCACUCCUAUCCUUGGCCAAGUUUUGUAUGUUGGCAGUAAAAAUUCUCAAAUCUUUCAACAGUCGGAUAGAGAAGGGUCCAAAUUUUUCACGAUUUUCUAGCAGUGCUUUUUCUAAGUGGAACAAUAGCAAAACUUUCAAUUUUUUUAGCAUAUCAACACUUGUGGAUAGCAGUGACCUCUGUUUUACCUAGAAAAGCUGAAAAAUGCUUUCUUUUAUUUGUUUAUUUUGCCAGAAGGGAGAAUAUCCUUUUCACAAAAAUCUAAUUUAAAUUGUUGUGAUUAUGCCUGACCCAAGUCCCUUUUGUAUCAGUGGGAAUCUUCCUGUUGAUUUUAAUGUUGGCUGGUUGAAAAAUAGUACAUCUGCUGGGAAGUAAUGGAAGAAAUCUGUUUGGAAAAUGCCUGAGAUAGUACAUAUUUUUGACCAAAAAAGGGGCAAUUUGUGGGACUUAAACCAAAAAGGAGUGAAAUUAAUUUUUGGUUCUCUGUUAGUAAAGCAGAAGGGAAAUAUAAAACCACUACCUUUUGCUUUCUUCCAUUUUUUUUAUGAGCAAAAAGACCUUUGGAACAGCACAGUCAAAAUAGAAAUAGUUCUGUGAUUUUUUUUUUUUUUUAAUGGUCUGCAGGGAAAAGAAAGAAAAAAACAUAAUCAAAUGUUUUUCAGCUGGUUCAAUUUUACCAAUUUUAAAUGAAUGGUAAGUCCUGAGAAAAGUCACAAAAUACAAAAAAGUUCUGACAAAGGGCUGGUCUGUUCCCAGGUGAAGGGUUGUCAAUCAAACUAAACAACCAGCUGACCAGAUUUUUUAGAGGAAACAGAAGGGAUGUCAGUGCCCAAAUUUCUUUCAAAACAAUUGCUUUUAAAUUCUAAAUCUUAAAAUUCAAUAGCAAGAAAUGAGCCUUAUGGUUUGUGUAGGUGGCAGGCUUGCCUGCUAAUCAGGAGGAAUAGUUUCCCUCAUUCUGCAGAUACCCACUGACUCCAGCGAAGCUGCAGCAGACUGUGCUCAUCUGAAUAAAUUGCAUUGCUUUCUUGGGAUUAGCUUGUAUACAAGCAGAGAGUCUUUUUCCAGACUAACUUAUCACUCCCUUUUUCUAUGAAAAAAAAAAUAAAAUAAAAAAAACCCACCUAAAUGCAGAGCUCACCCUCUUUUUUCUCACAUGGAGGGUACAGCUAAUCUGAACUCACAGUGAGGCUAGUCCUUCUCUAGACAUUCCCAAACACUUUUGAAGCCAGCUAGCCAAGGCUGCACAUAGCUAAGAUCAAUUAGCCACACAAAUAGUUCCCAGACUCCUCAGGUGUGUUUUGCUCUCUGUAUUGUUGUCCUUGUUACUUUGACUACGCUGUUACACAUACCUGAGCCAGUGGUAUAGUUAAAAAGUCCCCAAUGUGGUGGACAUGCAAUGACCAAAUCCAAAAUAUAUCAUAAAGGCUCAUAUUUGGGUGGUGCUGGGUGCUAUUUUGUUUGUUUAUGGUCUAAUCAGAUCUACCAGUGCUUGUGCCUCGGCUUAAACUAAUGCAUUGGUAGGUCUGAUUGAAAGCAAAGACAGAAAUAAGCUUUUUCACUCACCAAAGGUAUGUCUGUCUAAAUGCUGCAUCAGUUCACUUAAAGUAGUUCAGCUUUGAGUGUAAACACUGUUGCACCAUUGUCUUAUACUGGUUAAUCUAGUCCAUGUUUCCUAGGGAGCUGGCAAGAGUUGGGAAUGAUGCUGAGACCACCAGUUUGACUGUCCUUUAACAAACCUUAGAUGUGACUUCUGAUUUCCACCUCUGUGAGUUAAGAAGAAAAUAAAUUCCUCUGUGUUUCCUCUGACAGCUUCUGGCCCUUAUGAUUAACUGCCCAUCUGGCUUGUUAAAGGAACAUUCCUAAUAUUUUUUGAAAGAGGCCAGUCAAGGUCCCAUUAUUGUGGUGGUGGUGUAGGGCCUUCAUGGAAGGAGUUUAUGAAAAAACAAAGAAACAAACAAAAAAAUACCAUGUCAGGACCAGAAGAAAACACAACAGUCCUCACAGCACUGAGCGUGAAGUAGGAGAACAUUUCCUCUGUACUACUUAGCCACAUCUUUUUUAUCUGCAUUGGCAUCUUGUUGUUGACAGUAAUUGGAGCUGUAUCUUUCAUAGUUUAUAUAAAAUUAAGAAAAAUUCCAAGAAAACAGCAGAAAACAUUCUGUGGAAACUCUGGCUAUGAAUAUGAUAGAAGUAAUUUGUGGCAGAACACAGAGGGAGGCUGAAUAGAACAGAUUAGUCAGGUCAGCUCUGAAAGGCUGUACUUGGUACCUAACAGAAGCAGUUGCUUCACCAGUGAUAUUAUAAAGUAAGCAAGAGGCAAGUAUCAGAACAAAACCUCUUUCCAUCCCAUCAUUUCCAUCAUGUUCAGUUUUCACUUGAGUCAUUCUGAAAUUCCUCCUUAUUUGCUUUUCGACUCUUUUACCCCCCCCUCCUUUGGGAGGGCAAACUUGUAUGACAGUGCUGUGGGGACAGCUACUUCAGAUGAAAUAUGUAUAUUGCUCUCUUGGUGCUAUCCUAUUACAAUGGAAAAUGACUUAGUAUAGGUAUCUUGAUUAGCUAGUUUAACCGAUUGACACUUAUUUCAUCAAUGUCCCUCUUGAGAAGUGGCUGUCAUCUUUAUUUGCUACUGCUACAAUAUGGUACAGGGAGAAGCUAGAAAUCUCCCAAAUGACAGCCUUUUUCUGAGUACUCAGCUCUCCUAGAAGAGAGAGAGGUGAGUUGUUGAGUAUCAGCUAAAGAUGAAUCUGCAUCCAGACUCUGGAUUCUGGAAAGUUUAAACUUAGGGGAAUUUGGAUAUUGCUCCCUUUCUCUAAGUAGGCUGAGCCAUGUUUCUAAGCAAUUAGGACUGUAUAUCUUGAUUCAAAACAAUAUUUGAGCAUUGGGGCAUUUUCUGACUUUGACAUGUCUUCUGACAGAAGUGCCCAUAUUGAAAGAGAAUCAUUGCUGAUCAGCCUGACAUACUUAACAGACUAUUAAGUGCAGCAAAAAGGCUCCAGGAAUAGAAAACACUUCUACAUGCAGGUAGAUACUAAGUUGUAACUUACUAAUUCUCAUCUAAUUCAUAAUGACAUUCUGGACUGUAAUGUCUUUUGAAGGAGAAAAAUUAAGAGAAAUUGAAGUAUAAUCAUUAUAAAACAUAUCAACAGACAGUGUUGGAGACUUUGUCAAGAAAAUACAGAUACUAAGUCUGCAGCAUUUUUUACAAACUUCUUUUGCAUGCUUCUUGAUUAGGGACGGCAGGAUUACUGGCUGGCACAUUUGGUUUUAUGCUUUGCUUGAUUUGUGCCUUAAUGAAAACUAAUCAAAUGUAGAAUGUCACUAGAAGUACAGAGGAGUCAAGUCCCACUCCAACCUCAAAACAACAUGUCCAACAGGAGGCAGUAUCAAAGGGAGACAUUAGUAAAUCUUUCUUUUCUGGUUUAGAAGUGCAAGUCAUGAUGAUGUUGACAGGAGAAAAUAUAAUUAAUUUCUUAGGAGUAUAUCCUUCACCACUUGGCAUGUGGCAAUGAACAAUUCAAGUAAAACAAUGGAGCAUUAAGAUGAAAUACAGGGAAGUGAAUACUAUGGAGACUGUUUAUGGGAACAAGCCUAUAAAACCCCUGAAAUGAACCACGCUGCUAGCAGGGAGCGUUUGAAGACAAACAUUGUAUAGCAUUCCAGUUUUUUAGUGGAUUCCCUUAUCAUAUGAUGACUUUUAUCAGAAUUACCUUACUUCAAUGUCAGUUAUGAGGGUGAGAUAAAAGCCAACCUGACUUUUCCUCAGUCUAGGAACUGUAAUAACAUUAGCAAUGUAAACCAGACGCAUUUCUCAAGUAAAAUAUUGGUGAAAUACACCAUUUUGACAUGACGUAAUAGUGUUUCACAUCUCCCAAAUUCUUAUAGGAAGAGAAAGCAGUGUGUCAACAGAGGUAGGUAUUUCAUAUUCAUUUUUUUAAAACUCUCUAGGACAGCUCUCUAGACUCUCUAGUCUUCUGUCAGCUUCUGACUGUGUUCUCUCCUUUGUGGGGACAGAUUGUACCUGUUCUCUACCUUUCCCCAUUCAUCCCUAAUUUUGAUAGUAUUUGUAGCUUUUCUGUCCGUUCUGUGCAGCCAGACUUCUGCGUAUAUUGUUCAUCCUUCCUCGUGCUUGAGGUUGUAUUUUCCAUUUCUUGCUGACUUGUUGCAAAACAGCCCCAGCAAGCCCCUACCAUCAGGUAUCUCUCAUUGUGUCCUUUUAAGAUUAAAAGACACAAUAGCAACUUGUUAAUAAAAAGACGACAAUGAACAAGGAAAUAUGAGAAUGUGGGAGGGUGUCUUGCUGAUAAAACCUUUAUCAUAGGUCAAUUUGAGUGAGGCUUCCUAGGGGACAGUAAUGCAUCACAUUUGGUCAAAAAGUAGAGACAAUAAUGAAAGACUGUCCUCAAACAAAAAAAAUCCUUAGCUAGAUAAACAGUGGCAAUAAGCUGCAUCCUUUCCCUCAAAGUCCUCCUUUACGAUAAAAUUAGAGGGAAGAGACAUGGUGCAUAGAGCUUCCAGGACAGUGGAAGACUUGCCUAAGUAAAGUAGAACAUGGAGAGAAUUUCUUUGGCCCCACGAGUAUUUGCAUUUGGACAAAGUUAAGGUAGUCUGGCUCAUAGCAGCAGAAAACUUUGUGUGCUUUUGGACCAGAACUAAAUGAUGCUGAAGUAACUUUCCUAAUGUUCCUUUUCUGCUACUCUUAAAAACUGCAGUCUGCCUUGUGGCCUCAUCACUCUGAUCUGAGCAGCAAUGAGAUAUGACAAGGAAAACAUGGGAAUUCAACUAUAUUCAACUAACAUUAUCUCACUGGUGGGGCUGUGCAAUCCUUUUAACCUUUCUGCAGUUCACUGUUUAAAUGUGGAGUGUCUUGGGGUCCCAGCUGACUAAAAAACUCAGUAGGUAUCUCAUAGCCUUUAGAUUGCCUGGCUUUGAGUGAGUUGCCUAUGAAAAAACUGUGCCUACAGUUCUUCCUCCUUUCUUUAAAAAAAAUUAAGUCAUGUGUCCAGUGUAUGAAUGUAUGAAUUUACUGAUGAGAUAAAAAAGAGGCUCCCAAACAUUCCCAUUUCAGAAGGUCUUUCAAAGUUAAAGACUGGACAGAAGCUUCAGCCCUGGAUUCUGUGAUGUAAAGCUAGGAAAAUGAAUAGCCUCUGCAGGGCUGUCUUACCCAUUUUCAUUCGAUUAAUGACACUGUUUGAAUUCCCUUGCCCUAAUCUACCUGGCCACAAGACCUUAUUUAACUUUUCUCAUUAGGUCAUUUAUUACACUUCCCAUAUUAUAAUGAUGUAGUCAUCUAGAUUUUUAUAGCUGAAGGAAGUGGCUCUGAUAGUCCAGAGUGUGUUGUGGUUUCUGAGGUGACCUGAAGCAGAGGCAGGCUAGUACUGCUGCAGCUGGAGCUAGAAAGCACCUAAUGAGGAUGUCAGCAUCAGACACAGCAGCUCUUUAAAUAUACAUACAUACAUAGAUACAUAUAUGGGAAAGCAAAAUUCUAUAAAAAAGUGGAUCCAUGACUCAAAACAUGUCUCACAAGUAGUGCUGCUGUGUUUUCAAGCUGAAGUAGAAGUGAAAGAGCUUUUUGUCCUGUGUUGUUAUUUACACAAGGAUACGAAAGUAGUAAAUAGAAUGCAGAGCUAGAUUUCUUCCCACUUGCCAGCAUAUCAGUAUAAGGAUGGCUGUGUCCAAGGAAAAUGCAAAACGCAUGCCAGUGAAAUGGCCCAUAGGACUUAGUAUCAGAGUGAUGUUCUCUUCUGUCAUACCAAGUACAUGGAAGGGCUUUGUUCAAAGCUUUGAACUGGACAAACUGCUUCAGUUAGGUGUGAAUAUAGGAACCCAGGCAGAAAAAAGGGCUUUUUCUCUGCCAAUAAAAAGUGAGGACAAUGGGGAAAAAAUAGAUGGAAAAAAACAAAGUAAAACAUAUCUUAAUGCUUGUAGUUUGGGUGUUAAACUGAAAGAAGGAAUCAAAGUCAAAAUAACAAGUUAAAGCCUGAAUAUCAUGUUCAAUGGGUUUCUAAUUCUGUAUAUAUCUAUUAAACCAGUGCUAUAUAAUAUCUUCUUAUGGGUUACUCUCUUUUUCCUAUUUCUUUUCCUUUUUUUUUUUUUUUUUUCAGUUUGUAUAUUGAUUUUGUAAGCUAGCAUUGUGUUACCUUUUUGAUUUUUUAAACUUGUAUGAAAGCCAUAUAUCCGUAUUGUAGAAUGAAAGCAUUAAUCCUGUAACAUCCCUUAAUGUUUCCCUUAGCUCUGUGGGAUUGUGGGAGGCUCUAGUGAAUGUAUAUGUUUACCAAUUGUAUCAACAUAAUUUACUUGCUCUUAGUGGCGAUAAAGAAUUAAAUAAACUAAUACACAGAA